CAACAGUGCUCAGUACCACUCUGACAACCGUGGGGGAUACACCGUUGCGCUGUUCUCCGUCUAAACGCGUGUCUAACCUAACCUUGAAAGCGUUUGUGUGUAUGUAGCGAGAUGUGUAAUGUUACAAUAGUGUGUAGAAGCUCCUACGACCUGGUAAACGGGUCUGAGGUGUAGUCUAUAAGUUAACUUAUUUGAUUAUAGUUUUAUAUAUGAUUUUAGUGAAGAAGUUGUUAUUGAUGAAUAUCAGUGCUCCAUGCAGAGAGUCCGGACUCUAUACCUUUUGGGCAGCGAUGGGAGCCCCAGAACACGAGCACAACCCAGUCAAACUUACUAAGUUUAAGAAAAUGGCUUCGUCUUCAGAGCUGGAUAAGUGUGAGGAGAAGGAGGUCUCUAAGAUCACUCUAGACUCCUCCAAGAUCACUCUACCUGGUGCUGGCGAGGACUCCUCCAAGAUCACUCUACCAGGUGCUGGCGAGGACUCCUCCAAGAUCACACUACCAGGUGCUGGCGAGGACUCCUCCAAGACCACACUACCAGGACUACCAGGUGCUGGCGUGGACUCCAAGAUCACACUAGACUCCUCCAAGAUCACACUACCAGGUGCUGGCGAUAACAGCCUGCUGGCUCUCCACGGACCUGAAGAACACAAUAGCGAGGGUCCGACAGGAAAUAGCAAGGAAGGUGAAGCCAGGAAUUUGAAGGGUGGCGAUUUGGAGUGCGUUGGAGAGGCAGUGCCAGUGUUGGAGUGCGUUGGAGAGGCAGCACCAGUGUUGGAGUGCGUUGGAGAGGCAGCACCAGUGUUGGAGUGCGUUGGUGAGGCAGCACCAGUGUUGGAGUGCGUUGGAGAGGCAGCACCAGUGUUGGAGUGCGUUGGAGAGGCAGCACCAGUGUUGGAGUGCGUUGAAGAGACAGCACCAGUGUUGGAGUACGUUGGAGACAAAGUACCAGUGUUGGAGUGCGUUGGAGAGACAGUCCCAGUGUUGGAAUGCGUUGGAGAGGCAGCCCCAGUGUUGGAGUGCGUUGGAGAGGCAACACCAGUGUUGGAGUGCGUUGGUGAGACAGUCCCACUGUUGGAGUACGUUGGAGAGACAGCACCAGUGUUGGAGUGCGUUGGAGAGACAACACCAGUGUUGGAGUGCGUUGGUGAGACAGUCCCAGUGUUGGAGUGCGUUGGUGAGACAGUCCCAGUGUUGGAGUGCGUUGGAGAGACAGCCCCAGUAUUGGAGUGCGUUGGUGAGACAGUCCCAGUGUUGGAGUGCGUUGGUGAGACAGUCCCAGUGUUGGAGUGCGUUGGAGAGACAGCCCCAGUGUUGGAGUGCGUUGGAGAGACAGUCCCAGUGUUGGAGUGCGUUGGAGAGACAGCCCCAGUAUUGGAGUGCGUCGGAGAGAGGCAGCCAUCAGUGCAAUGCGUUGCCGAGACGAACAAGAAUUGCCCCGAAGUAGAGUGCGUCGUUGAGGCCAUCAGUGCGCCAGAGUGCGUGAGUGUGAGAGACAAAGAGGGCCCAAGCAACGCACAGAGUACUACCGCGGACUCUGCACCAGGAAGCAGCAACAGCAGCAGCAGCAGCAGCAGCAACAGUAGCAGCAGCAGUAGCAAGUGCGGACUAACAGCUCCCCGCAGCAAGGAGUGUGGAAAUACAAUACUGGAGAGUGUGAAUGAGUGUAGCGGCGCCACAGGUAUCAGCCACACCGUUAGCGAAGGCUUACAGGCAUCACGGCCAACAGGAACAUGUUUUAAUACGAGUUACAAGGACAUGAGUGACGCUGAGGCUCCGUUGUCUGAUGGCACCACUCUCACUCAAGCAGGAACUCUCACUGAGUGUCACAGUAGUGAGGAUCAGGACUCUCUGGACCUGAGUGAUGUCGAGGGGUCGAGUCCAGCCUCGCCGCUGGAUCUCUCGGAUUUACUACGUAUUAGUGAAGAUGUUUUGGCCCAUAAUCCAAGCAAGACUCUUAAUCUCCUGCAGGUAAGUUGCCACAACUGUUGUCACGCUCGGCUUGUCAACCCAAGGCCAGUGGCUGUUGUUUGGUACACUUGUGUGUGUGAGAGAUAUAUGUAAGUAUAUAUCAUAUAUGAA